CAUUGCGUUAAACAUGGGAGCUACACUUUUAUUUGUAAUUUUCUGUGUAAUUUUUGGUAUAUUUUGGAGUUUUGAAUCACUAAUAUGUUCACUGAUUGCACUUUUUAUGUGCAUACUUUAUGAUAUGUAUCAUGUUGUUAAAACAUUUAUUUUCUCUUGUUUUUACAAAAUAACAAGACGAUUUAAUUCAAGAAAGUUAAUGGAAACGAACAGUUUUAAAGUUUUGUGUCUACCUACAGACACAGACUUUAAUUUGCUUCUGACAGAAAGAUGUCUGCUGAGAGAAUGCGACUUUGCUCUGCUCAAAUUUUGGACAGAAAACUAUGUGUACGAUGCUUUAAGCUCACGACAUGCAGAGCUCCUUCCAUCAGGGCGGUAUACAUGCUUCAAAUAUCCCAUCAGGGUGUUUGAAAGCUUUGAUAUUGUAACUAAAAUAUCAUUCAUUGAUGAAAAAGCAUUUUAUGUAACACAAUCUAUUCUCAGGAACGCCGAUAAAUGUCUGUGUGCCACCGUGUUAUCUGUUCAUCAAAUUGUCGGGACCAAGAUGUCUACAUUAUUGGGGAGCAAAAGUACCACCUUGAAUAAAUCCAAGUUUGAAAAUGUAGUUAUAACGUUCCAAGAAUUUCAUUCGGAUUAUUUCAAACAAGUUAAAGAUUCUUGGAAAGGUGUUUGAUGGUAGAAAAUAAUAU